AAUUCCUUCCUUCCUGCUGGGAAGCGCAUAAUCAUGAUUUCUCCAAGCAGUCUGUAUGAUCUCCAAUAGACAUCUGCAAGACAAGGAGGAGACUAUUUCAAAACGCAUCACCUUCUGCUUCCCAGAAAUGCCCCUCACCCAUCAGCUCAGCCCAUCCACCCAUGGCACCAGACCCUCUUGCUCCCCUUCCCAAAGCUGGAGAUGGUGCCAACAGUGGAGCUGCUGAGCCAAUGGAGCAGGCAGUGGUGCCCCCCAGGCCAGUGUCACUUGUCCCACUGCCACUGCACACUGCUGUUUUUGUCUGUCUGUCCCAGCAUGGAUCCCUUGUCCAUGUGCUUGUCAUUAAUUCCAUCACCGCAAACAUCAUCCUGAGAUAUUGGGCUGCCUCGAGAAAUCAAUCUCUAAUUGCUAAUCCUUUGUAGAGCAAACAGCCCAAAAGGAAAGAGAGGAGAGGAAAGGAGGCAAACAAUUUCUUUUGCCUAUUGGCUUGUGCAGAGCACCCCCACAGCCCCACACCAUGUCCCUCCUGCAGAGGAACGAGUCAGGAAUUCCAUACACAAACUGCCACCACUGAACUGUCCCUACAGGUCGGCCAAGGACCGCGGCUUGCUGAGCAGCUGCUUGUUUACCUGCCACCCAUUCCCAUGGCGUGGGAGUGCAGCCACAUUCCUGCGAGCCCCAACUGCUCCCCGCCUCUCCGACCCAUCCGCGUGCCACCAGGGAAGCGCAGAGCUGAUGUUUGACAAGAAAUGCUGCCAAGGAUGCUCAGCGCCACGCUGAGCUUGCUAAACCAGCCAGCUCAGCAACAGGGUGUAAACCAUGGUGGGGAUGGGGCUGCGGGUGGAUGGAUUCGACCUUACACCAUCACGGGGUCUGACCUGCUUUUGGGGCUGAGCUCUGGGGGUGCACAGAGGGGCUGUCCCAAUGGGAAACUCAGCCAAGAGGCUCAGCUCGGUGCAUCCAGUCCCCCUCCCUACCCAAAUGCAAAUGCAUCUCUUGUGUUCUGCACGUUUGUGGCUUCAGCAGAGAGGGAGAAGGCUGCUCCUGCCCAGCUGUGGUGGGAAGCACAUGGCAGCCAGCAUUUCUCCGGAGGAUGCUGUACUUCAAAGGCUCAGGGACGUGUCUCCGUUGCCUGGGGCUGCACCAGCCCACGGCUGGGUGGAAGAUGCUGUGUCAGCAGCUGGAGUGGGGAGACAAGCCAUGCUGAGCAAGGGAUGCCAACUGGGGUCAGCCCCACAGCCCCCACCCAACCUUUGCUCCCCAGAGCAUCCCCUACUACACAGUGCCCCAGGAACCCACCCAGGACCGCAGCAUUUCUCUCACCCCUCACCUGCAAGCACCCAUACGUGUCAUUUGGAGAACAUUGCCUCUCCUUUGCCAAGUGUUUUGGGCUUGCUGCAUGGCCUACUUGCAUGCCCUGUGCUGUGCAUUGCACACCAUCCCAGGCCCAAAUUCAGCCCCUUGUCUGAGCUGCACCACCAAGAAGUGCCCCCCUGUAGAGGCAGCAUCCCCUUGAAUGAACCUAACAAAUGUGUCAGAGUUUAACAGGAUGCUGAUGUCACUUCAAUUUUUUUCUUUUUUCUUUUUCUUUUUUUGUUAGUUUUUUGUCUGUUUUUUGCUCUUCCCCUCUGUAGGAGCCACACAUUAUGUAAAAAGAAAAAAUUCCCACCUUAAUGGUGGCUGAAUUAUUUAAAUGGGUCUGUUUGCUAAUGUGAUUGACUUCAACCAACAGCACAGGUUGAGCUGUAAUUAUGGGAAAACAAUCAAAUCUCUAUCUUGGGUUCAAACCAUACUGGUCCUGCCACUUUUUUCUAUUACAGCAGAACCUGUUCAGCAGCUUCAGCUGAGCUGUGCCUCCUUUCUGCUGCUGGGGCAAAGAAACGCAAACCAGUAGAGCAGGUCAGACUGCAAAGAAAAAUUAUGGCUUAUUGUCCGUGCAAGUUCACCCACACUGCUCACUUCUGUCUCCCGUGUCCCAGAUGACUGCGCUCAGAUCACAGCUUAACUGAGCCUGAGGAGCCCAAGGAGAAACGCAGACCCCCAUGUGCGAGGAGGCAGCAGGGCAGCCAGGGCGAUGGCAGCUGGGCAGUCGAGCGGCUAAAAUCUGAAUAAUCUGAAAGAAAAGGACAUCCUUGCGUGUAACCCAGGAGCACGGCACAGCCCUGAACAUGACCACAGAGAGCUUUGCAGAAUUCUUGAACAAGCUCAAGGAAAUCCAUGAAAAAGAAGUCCAAGGUCUGCAAACAAAGCUAACGGAGCUGACGACGGAGAAGUGCCGCGAUGCCCAGAGAAUUGAAGAGUUGUUUGCUAAAAACCACCAACUAAGGGAACAACAGAAGGUCCUCAAAGAAAAUGUAAAAGUGCUGGAAAACAGGCUGCGAGCAGGCCUCUGUGACAGAUGCAUGGUCACCCAGGAGCUGGCAAAAAAGAAGCAGAAUGAAUACGAAAAUUCCCAUUUCCAGAGUCUCCAGCACAUCUUCAUUCUCACCAACGAGAUGAGCCGCCUGAAGGAGGAGAACAAAAUUCUCAAGGAAGAACUGAAGAGGCUCCAGAGCCCAGAGGACAGGAUCAAGUACCCAGGAGCCAUCUCCAGGGAGCACAGCUCCACUCCCAGCUCCCCACUGCCAUUACUGUCCCCCACUAGCAGGAACACCAGCGCCGAGAGAGUGGCUCUUGGAGCAGCAGAAGACUCCCAGCACGGUGUGCCAGGCCUCGAGCUGGGGGAAGAGAAGACCACAGGACAGAGAAGCUCUCCUAGCAGCAGGGUUUCCCCAAGCACUAUCCUCCAAGAAGCCAGCCUGGCAGAAAUGGCAUCCCAGAGGAUUGCCAACCAGCUGCACGGCACCAUCGCCUUGGUGAGGCACAGCCUGGAGAAAAGUCCCUCGAGGGCUGCAGUGUCCCCACCGGCCAGGAAGACCCCUCUGCCACCGGAGCAGGAACGCAGCCCCAGUCUGGAGCCUUACUUAACAACAACCAAGCCAAUCUCCCCCAAGACUGCUUCAUCCUACGAAAGCCUAAAGCUGACUGCCCGCAAAGAGCAGCUCUGCCUCCUCAACAAGCACCUCGCCCUGCACCAGCUGGGGCUGGCAAGUGGUUGCGUUCCAUCCGAUGGGGACAGCAGCUUCCACAGCCGUUUGCUCAGGGCCACAGAAGAUGGUGGCAGGACAAGGCCACGUGAUGACUGGGAUGACAGAGCUGCCCUGCUGAAGCUCCCUGCAGCUGUGGUGUAUGUGAGGGACCAGCACCUGGAGGGGAAGCUGCACCUCCUCAAGCACCGUGAACGGCUGCAACAUCUGGAGCAGCAGCAAAGCCAUCGGGCCAGGGUGGAUGGGGAGCCCAAAGCUGUGCCCAAGGAGCGGCCACUGUCCCCGUGCCUGAGCAUCGCAGUGGGAUGCAAGGAGGAGAGGAUGGAGGAUGCUGCAGAUGGGAAAGUGGAGAGGGUGCUCUGGUUGAGCCGGGAUGGCUCUGAGCACCGAGGAAAGGUGGAAGCAUUGAGGGACUAUGGUACGGAUGCCCCACUGGACCUGUCAGACACUGGGCGUGGGAGGGGAAUGGGAUGGAUCAAGCACCAGGAGGCCACCAGUCCACGUCCAAGCUCAGGGGACAGCCCUAUGCGUGGCUCCUGCAGAAGACAUGGGGUGGAGAGGGACAGCUCACAGCCCCACAGCCGCUGGCAUGAUGCUGCCCAGACACAGGUCACAGGGAAGCCUGGUGCCAUCAAGGAGGAGGAGGAGGAGGAGGAAGAGGAGGCAGCUAUGCUGGCUCUCUCCCGGGUGCAUCCUAUAAACAAGUCACCACCAAGCAACACAGAGACUCCUCCAGAGCCAAGGGUGAGACUGGUAGCCAGUGCACAGGAGGAAGAACCAGGUAAAGAGCCUCGGGCAAGCCUGACAUCUGAGAAAGCAAAUGCCAAAGAUGAUGAUGAUGAUGAUGAGUCCACAAAGCAGGAAUCCGAUGAGGCAGAUACAACAGACAGCGAGGUGGCUUCUCCCUAUGAACAUGAUGUCAUGCAAGAAACCCAGUCAGAAGGGAAAUAUUUUUGCACCAAAGACAGAGCUCAUGCACUGCAGAAGAAGAGGAGAAGAGGACAGGAUUCCUGGACAAAAGGCUCCAAGAAAGCAAUGAGAGGAAGAAAGAAAGUCAAAGUGGAGCAGUGCUCACUGAGGAUGACAGAGGAAGCAGAGAGCUGCUUGGCUUCCCACCAUGACCCCUCUGAGGAGAGUUAACUGGGUGGUGCAGAGACGCAUAGACACUGCAGCUGAAGGAGAAGAGCUCAGAUCCAGUAUUCCACCAACACCAAGAGAGCAACGGCUGUCCACAAGGACCCAUAAGAACUACUUCAGGAGCAGAGCACCCUCAAACCCUCCCUGGGUGCUCCUGGGAGAGGCUCAAGCAUGGACCUUCACCUUGGUGCCAGGAAAAGGGACCAUGCUCUUUCUCAGGAUUUGGUGCUGGGAGGAGGGACCCCAACCUCACUCCCUGUGGCCCAGAACCCAGUGCCCACCUGAGCCCUUCAGGUCCCUUUGUCCCUAUGCAUCAAUUCAAUCCUGACCUAGAUUUCAUACAGGUGUGGAUCUUGUUUGAGCUGCAAAGCCCAUGGAUGUCCUUUCGAGCACAUGGGCCAAGCAGGUGGGACAGAUUCCCAGUGAGGGAAGGGCCAAGAGCAUGAGAAAGGACAGCAUGCCUGACGUGUCCGGUGUCUCCAGCAGAGCCAGGUGUGUGAUCCUGGCUGUGCCCCACAGCACAGCCCCAGCCCAGCAGCUCAUGCUGCCACAGUGGUACUGCAGAGAGCUUGUUUUCAUAUGGAUGAACUGUUCUCAUGCAAUUUUUCUGAAUCAUGGCCUUCAGCAUCGAGUGAUGGAGUGCUGCUGCUUGGGAUGGGACAUGAAGAGCAGGAGUGAGCAGGGCUUUUCCUUGCACAUGUGCAGCAAACAGAGCUGAAACAAAAGUGCCAGAGACAGCACGUGCCCUGUGUGGUUCCUCCCCACAGCCACUUUCUCUGCCUGGCACUGCUCUUACUUUACUGAGGGUUUGUUUGUCCCAUUCACAUGGGGGGAAGCAUGGCAAGCCAAACUCUCAGCCAGACGCACAGCUGGCACAGGCAUCAUUGUGUUUCCAUCUUCUUAGAGCAAGCCAGGUAAAAUAAAAAUAAAUAAUAAUAAAAAAUAAGUAUGCAUAUGUAUAUUAAUAGAGACAAUAACGAUAACAAUAAUAAUGGUAAAGCAAAAAGACUCGCUGCAGCCAAGCAGGGAGAGAGCAGAGCUCAGCCCCUGGGCCCGGCGCUGAGAGCAGGCAGCCGCGGGCGCGCAGUGCCGCCUGCCGGGCAGAGCCGCUCCGCACUGCGCCCCGCAACGCCUCCCCUGGGCUGCUGGGGUAAAGGGAUGGGAAGGAAAGGAGGAGAGGAGAUAUAAACCUGAAAAAGGUCCCUCUGCAAGAAGACAGCCUUAGACCAGGACAACCGAAGGAGGGAGGGAACUUUUUAUGCAACUAUAAAAUAAUCCCCUCCCUAUGAUGAUCCCUUGAUAAGCAGAAGUGCUGCCAAGAGAAACAAAUGCACCAAUUUCUUUUUUUUUUUUCUUUGCAGUGUGUUGCACAGAAUUCACCUUCUCUUAUUGCAACUUUAUUAUUAUUAUUAUUAUUUUGUGUUGCCUCUUGCCUUUUUCCAGCAGGCAUCUUCAGCCAGUGCCCCCAUACCUCCAUGCAAUAGGUAUUCCAGGAGUUUGGAAGUGACAGUUCUUUCAUAAUUAGGACAAUCCCAUCACUAUAAAAACAAACAAAUCAUGUUGUGUGGGGUUGUUUGUUUGUUUGUUUGUUUGUUUUUCUUUUCCUGAAUCAAAGCACAUUGCUGGGGGGAAAUCAUACUUCACACACCACAAUCCAUCCAGCCCUGUAAUGCUGCCCUCACCCAGCCCCUGCAUGCUGACAUCCACCACCAUUCUGCAGGGCCAUGGGUAACUGCUGGAGUCCAU